AAGGCGGCAUUGAACUUUGGCUUCAAAUUCAACUGGGAAACCUGGAAAAUACAAAUAUCUCACUCAAAUUUAGGCCUAGGCCACUGGCACAGCGGGUAAUGAACCCAUAAUCGCCGGAAAAUAUCCUUACACGUGCGCGGUGGGCGUCGAGAUAAAUUCGAUGUUAAUUAAAGCCGGCCGAGAACUUCAUUUAAUUAAAAAGAAAAAUAGAAACGAAAGCGAAAUCAGAGAAAGCGAAAGCCAAAACACAGAGGAGAGCGCAGGGCACUCCCCUGACAAGGAAAAAAGGCAAAGAGGAUAACCGGGUAAAACCCAGGAAUUUCGCGAUUUUCCUUUAUCAACCCUUGCAUGUUUGAUUUUCAUUUACAUGGCCGGGCCAAGAAUACAAGGUGACUCAAUAUCAAGGGGCAGCUAUACGCUACAUGUAUAUAUAUACACACUCCACACUCGCCCACGAUGCCAUCUAAAUGGACAUUCGAAGUCCUGGCCGGUUACGCCCGGAUACGGCGUUGUUAUCACAUGCCGCUGGCGAUUUUUACACUCAUUCGUCUUCGUUCCAACUGGGCGAGGAAGUCAGGUCCUGUCCAGCCCCCCAGCCACGUCCUGGGCCCCGAGUCCAUGUAAAUUCCUUGGAGCGACUCGGUGCGGUGUGUGUGUGGGUUUUGGGCACGUUUUGGCUUUGAUAAGUUGGCUGCUCCUCCGUUCUCUCUGUCCGCUCGCCAUUCAUAUUCAUUCAUUAUUAGAGAAAUUUAACGUUCCACCUGUCUGUGUGAGGUCCUUGGGCGCUGGUGUUGGUCGCGUUGUCCUUUUGGAGGAUGGUCUUUUGCGCCUUGCUGGCCUGGCCACCGCGCCAAGCCGUUCAGUCUGCGCACAAGGCUGCUCCACAGCGCUUCAGCGGCUAACUGGCCAAAUCUGGCACUUGACACUUGACCACUGAAAAGGAUUUUCCUCGAGAAACCCAGAGUUGCCCAGUGAAAUUAACAAAUAAGCAAUUAAAAGUGAGGGUUACUCGCUCGGGCUGCCAGUGUGUGAUUUGAGUAAUUAGCUGUCCCGGAACAGCACUUGAAAGUACAUAGUGGUAAAGUGUUCGCAAUCCAUUCGUAGAACAACUCGGGAGUCACCUCGCCCCAUCAACUAUCUGUGACCUGGGCACCGCCAUGCGACUUGAAUAGAGGUGGCUGGCAAAUGCAGAGCAGCGCCGAUGCCAAGCGGGAAUUCUACAAGGGACAACGGGGCAGGAGAGCUGCAUCUCAGGAGGAGCACAGGUCCUACGAACUGAACGACUUUCCAUUGCAAAAUCAAAGCAGCGACGCCGAGAGCUGCCACCAGGAGCCCCACUUUGGCCAGCAACCGCCGGGAGUAGGAGUCGGAGUCGGAGUCGGAUUCGAGGAUGGCGGCGGCGGAGGCGACAUCGACGAUGAGGAGAGCUACACAAUUUCCGUAUCGGCAAUAAUGCAGAGACGUGCCAGUGUGCGGGGCUAUCGAGGCAAACGUGGCAGCCGGAGUUCGCGACGGGCAUCCAGUCCAAUGGAUCACGUGCUGGAUAGUGUGGAGCGGCGGCGCUCCAGUGUCUACACGACAAGUUCAGAGGAGGGCACCAAUCAGGAGUCCACGCAAGAGCAAAUCUUUGAGAACAUCCGCCUGCACAAGGAGGUCAUACAGUCGGUGAAGCUACAGCCAUGGCCCAUCCGCAAGAAGCUCAAGUUGGUUCGGCAGGCCAAAACAUAUGUGGCACGCCACGAGGGCGCGCUCCAGGAGCGAUUCGCCAUGUCACGCAGCACCAGGGACUUGUGGGCGAGGUUUAAAAUUUUAAUGGCGGCACGAUGGCGACACUGGAAGAGGGAGACCACCAGCUUCCUCGCCGUGCUCAUCCCCUGGGAGCUGCGCAUCAAGGAAAUCGAAUCCCACUUCGGCUCCGGCGUGGCCUCCUACUUUACAUUCCUGCGCUGGCUUAUGUGGGUCAACAUCAUGAUUGCCAUUCCGCUGGUCGCCUUUGUCAUCGGGCCCGAGUACUUUGCCACCAAACACGGCGAAACGGAUCCCAGGAAGAGGAUGUCCGACCCGGAGGCCCGAGUGGCCGGCAAUCUCUUCACCUUCUGGGAGUUCGAGGGCUACCUCAAGUACUCACCGAUGUUUUAUGGCUACUAUUCGAGCACAUCCGGCAUCAGCACUUCCGGAUAUAAGCUGCCCCUAGCCUACUUCCUCACCGCCGUUCUGGUCUACAUCUACAGCUUUGUGGCCACGCUGAGAAAAAUGGCGGAAAACUCGCGCAACUCGAAACUUUCCUCGAAGGACGACGAGUGCGUCUUCUCGUGGAAGCUCUUCACCGGCUGGGACUUUAUGAUUGGACACGCGGAAACGGCCCACAAUCGCAUCGCAUCCGUGGUGGUGGGCUUUAAGGAGGCCCUCCUCGAGGAGGCCGAGAAGAAGAAGGAUAAUCGCAACUGGCGUGUGAUUCUCCAGAGGAUUCUGGUCAAUAUCCUGGUGAUGGGACUGCUGAUUCUGUCGGGGGCCACGGUGGUGCUGCUGGUCAAUCACUCUGAGGAUUUAGCCAAACAUGACAACUGGCUGAGUCGCAAUGCGGUGAACGUGACCAUGACCCUGCUCUCCUUCUUCCUUCCCAUGAUAUUCGAGGCCCUGGGACUGUUCGAGAACUGGCAUCCCAGGCAGCAGCUGCGCCUCCAAUUGGCUCGCAUUAUGAUACUGAACCUGUUGAAUUUGUACUCCCUGAUGUUCUCUUUCAUCUACAAGAUCAACAGUAAGGAAAAGCCGCUGCAAAUGCUUAAAUUGGAGAACGAAACAAAUACCAUGGAGCUAAAAAACCUUCUGAGUUCAAUUGAGGCUCUGAGGGCCAUGACCUCCACGACCUCCCUCUACAGUGAAAGUACGUCGGAUGGCUUAUUCGAUGACUCCACCUCGAGUGCAGCCUGGGGCGACGAUAAUGGCAGCUCCACCGGUGGUCUCUUUUCCACCACAGCUGCAGCAGCCACUUUAAUCUCCACCAGCGUGCAGCGUUUUAAGUGUUAUAAUAUGACCAUGAAGUGCCCAAAAAUAAGGGGCAGCUUUCUUAGUGCCAAGAACUUGGCCAAAACUUUAAUGCUUCUCAAUCUGACAACGCCAGCUAUGAUUCCGACCACUUUGCCCACCACAAUACCCACGACCUCAAGUGUUUGGACAACCACCGAGGCAACGUCCACCACAACAACCUCACCAUGGACAACUUUACCGCCAACGAUAAGAACCACAGAGGAAAGCACCACAACGACUGAAAGAUCCACGACAACCACGGAAAUGCUGACAACAACCACUUUGCUAGCCACCACUGCCAAUACUACGAUGCCCUUAACUACCGAACACCCAACUAGUCUUGCCAUUCCCAACUCAACAACUAGUACUGCAACUAUGAGCACAGUUGGAAGUACUAUAAACACCACUGUCUUGCCAUCCAGCAGCACCACCAACCUAUCGACAACCUCAACCUCAAGCACAACCACAACCACUGAAAAACCCCAGAUAGAAGACAACUUUUCGUACACCUCAGGUGAUGAAGAGGGUUCCUAUGAUUAUGGCAGCGAAGAACCCUUCUCAGAUGGCACGUCAGAGCCGCCAGAUAGUAAUAACUACUCCGACAUAACAGACUACACUUCGGGACCUUCAGAAGACUAUGAAGAUCAGAAUAGUACGGAUCAGGCGAACGAUCCACUGGCGAAAGUCUUGGAGCAAGUGGACGAGGAAGAGUCGAAGGUGCGCACUAAAAGGGCUUUGGCAGACUCACCUUUCUUCACCAGUAAGUACAGCAGGAGACAUCGCAAUGAUUCUGCUGUGACUGCUGGUCAACCAGGAGAAACCACCGAGUCUGGAAAUGUAAUACCCAGUCGGUGGCCCAAUAAUUGGCCAACCUUCAGGCAAACCCCACCGCCCACAAGAAAACCCCUUAAUGGAAUCCUCACCAAGGCGGAGUGGGAGAAUCUCAGGCGUCUGAGGAGCAGGCAAUCCACCUCCACAAGUACCUCAACUACUACCACAACGACAAGAAGACCCCGAAGGAGGUACCGCUCCACAACCACGGAGCUCACCAGCACCACCGAGGAGGAGGAAACCUCCACAACGGAGAGUUCCACCGAAUCUUCCACCUCAGAGAGCACUACAAGUGCUUUUGACUCCAGCAGCAGCACCACCGAGGAGGACGAUGAGUACACCACCACGGAGGCACAGCCAAGGACUCCUUACUACAUGGGCGUAGUGGAUUUGUCGGAAAUAGGCAGCACUACCUAUAUAGACGGCGAGUUCCUGGAGGACUGUGUGGUGACCAUCUGCCCCAAGGGGAACAACAUCUUCGACAGCACCACCGAAAGUCUGGGGGGCAGCACCCAAAGCGGCGACUCCAAGCAGCUAACCACCGUGAGACUCACCCCGCUGGAGCGGAAGCAGAAGCGUCUGAAGGAGGUGCAGCUGGCAAUCAAGCAGAUCCAGACCAAUCUGACUACCAUGUGCUGGGAGACCUCCUUGGGUCAGGAGCUCUCCAAAGUCAUCGUCUUCGAUGGGCUGAUGUCCAUUGUGGCACCGCUGUGCAUCGACUUUCUGCGCGCCCUCUUCGUGCGGUAUGUCAAUCAAAACUGGUGCUGGGACAUGGAGAAGACCUUUCCCCAGUACGGCGACUUCAAGAUAGCCGAGAACAUCCUGACGUUGAUUAAUAACCAGGGCCAAGUGUGGAUGGGCAUAUUCUUCUCGCCCGGCCUGGUGCUCAUCAACCUGGUCAAAUUGAUGAUCAUGAUGUACUUCCGCUCCUGGAUAGUGCUCACCUGCAAUGUGCCGCACGAGGUGGUGUUCAAGGCCUCCAAAUCGAACAACUUCUACCUGUCCCUGCUACUGACCAUGUUGUUCCUUUGCGUUCUGCCCGUGGGCUAUGCCAUUGUGUGGCUGCGUCCCUCCUGGCACUGUGGACCCUUCUCGGAGUACAACAGGAUAGCCGAGUUUAUCACGAACACCACCCGGAAUGCCCUGCCAAAACAACUCCACGAACCCCUGGACUAUCUGACCUCCUCGAGCACUGUGAUUCCCCUGCUCCUGCUGCUCAUCCUCAUCAUCUACUACCUGAUCUCCUUGACCGGAGCUCUGCGCGAGGCCAACCAGGACUUGCGCACCCAACUGCAAAAAGAACGCGAGGAGGAGCGCAAGAAGAUCUUCAAGGUGCCGGAGGUCAAGCAGGCGGAACCUACGGCCACCACGCUGACGAACCGCUGGCGCAAGGUCCUGGAGGCCAGCUCGCCGGUUACGCCCACCCAACCGCCGGAUUUCGACACAGAGGAGUACAAGACUCAGGCCCGUAACGAGCUACUCUCACGCAUCAUGAAGAAGGCGUUGCGCAAGGGAUCCGCCACCUCGGACGAGGAUUCGUUUGUGCGGCGCGAUGACGAUGACACGGACACCGAGCACCAGGACUCCCUGCCCCACGACGAGGAGGCCAAGGAGAAGCGCUUCGGACUGUCGCGAUUGCAGCAGAUCCGGCGAACCCGCAAGCCCUCACUCGUGGACAUCGUCCAGAUUGCCAAGCAGGAGAGGGCGCGAGCUGGCUCCAUUGUGGCCGGGACCAGCAAUGGUGGAACUGGCAAUCUCCCUCCCAAGGAGACCCAUCCCAAGAGCCGCUUCAAAGUGGAGAAACACGAGCGCAAGGACAGGGGCAGCGUGAAGGAGAAAAAGGACACCAAGCACAGGCAGUCGUCGCAGCCACAGUUGCCGCCCGUCGAAUCGCCCAAGGACAAUGAACAUGAUCCGGAUACGAAUUCCAGGAUUGUCAGUGAGCGGCGCGCCAGCUUGCUGAGGCGGCACAAGGAGCAGGGGGAGCACCCGGAGGAGGAGCCACCCACCACACCAGAGGCUCCGACAACACCCACUGUACCCGUGGAGCCAGUGGAACAGAGUGCCGAGGAAUCCACCACUGUAACCCCCAAAUUCCACAUAGUUGACGAGAAAAAACCCCCGCAGGAGGCGGAAGAUAAGCCCUUGCCGACAUCUAAAGAAAGUGGCGGGGGAGGUGGAGGUAGCCUGGGCAAGUUCAAGUUCCGCAAGCACAAAAACAAGCCAAAUAAUGUGGUGGCCAAGCCAGAGCCCGAGGUCUUCAAGUUCGAUGAGCGGAGUGUGGAAAGAAGCACGGAUCCGCCGGCCACUCCCGGCGCACCGGAGCACCUGGCCAGCGAGGAGGACCAGCAGGAGAGGAGCCUGCCUUCGCCCACGCCCAGCCAGGGUCAAAGUCAGGGCCACCAUCAGCGGCAAUUGUCUGUGCUCUCUCGGCAGGGUCGCAAGAAGAUUGGCAAUCUAUUGGCCCUGGUGCGCGAGGCAGUGAAUCUCAAGAAGGACGAUGCGGAGCAGCAGGUCUCGGAUGAGUCUCCCGGGCCCACCACGCCCACCUACUUGGCCUACACCCCACCACCUCCACCAUCAGUAUUGUCUAGUGUGUCCAGCUCCACGGCCCUGGAAAUGCCACCCACUCCAGAGCCGGAAUCGCCCACGCCCAGUGCUCCACUGCAUUUCGGUAGUAGCAGCACCACCUCUCGUCCGCCGACAAAGCCACCCAAGCCGCCAAAGGUUCCUCCGAGCGCCACUGCUCCCACGGCCACCAUGGAUGACGACCUGGAGGAGCUGGACACGGCCGGUCCCAUCACCUUCCCGAAACGCAGCGAUUCCCAUCGCCGACGCACCAUGCGACAGGACUCGCAGAGUUCUGUUUGGUCUGAUAAUAUUCCCACCAUUACGAUCAGCACCACCGGCAGCGACGAGUGCAUUGUGGAUGCAGCUGGAGCUGCUGUCCAAAAUGGACAGCCCGAAUCAAGGAGUAGUUCCCCGGGUCCCACGGUCAACAUCAUAAAGAUCGACAUUGAGAAGGAGGAGGAGAAAUGAAGUACCUAACGAAGAAGUGCCUGAAACGCCAGAUUGUCUUCUUAAUUAAAUAGUUAAGCUUUUCUUCCUACUCUACUUACAACUCGGCUUGAAUCUCGUUCCCUUAUAAUAAACCACUCUAUAUGCACUAAA